GUCAUCACUAUGCCCCAAUACCUAAUGAAAAGGUUUGGAGGAAACCGAAUCAGACUCUACCUCUCCCUCAUCUCUCUAUUUCUAUACAUAUUUACCAAGAUCUCAGUGGACAUGUUCUCUGGAGCAGUCUUCAUCCAACAAGCUCUGGGAUGGAACAUCUAUGUUGCAGUAAUUGCCUUGCUGAUUAUUACCUGUAUCUACACUGUUACAGGAGGCCUGGCUGCACUGAUGUACACUGACACAAUACAGACAUUUGUGAUCAUCGCUGGAGCUUUUGUACUGAUGGGAUACUCUUUCCAUGAAGUUGGGGGCUACCAGGCUUUAUUUACCAGGUACAAAGAUGCUGUGCCAAGCCUUCGUGAUUCAAUGAAUCCACUCCGCUAUAACAUCUCUGACAAAUGCUACCUCCCUCGUGCUGACUCAUACAACCUCCUGCGAGAUGCGGUCAGUGGUGAUUUACCCUGGCCAGGAUUAAUCUUUGGCAUUACCAUCAUUGGAGUUUGGUUCUGGUGUAGUGAUCAGGUCAUCAUCCAGCGUUGCCUUGCUGCCAGGAACCUGACGCAUGUGAAGGCUGGUUGUGUCCUAUGUGGCUACAUAAAGCUGUUGCCCAUGUACCUGAUGGUCUUGCCAGGAAUGAUCAGUCGAAUACUUUACCCAGAUGAGGUUGCGUGCAUUGUGCCAGAGGAAUGCGAAAAAAUCUGUGGCACUCCAGUUGGUUGUUCGAACAUUGCCUACCCAAAGUUGGUGGUUGCACUGAUGCCCAACGGACUGCGUGGCUUGAUGCUUGCCGUGAUGUUGGCAGCUCUCAUGAGCUCACUAGCUUCCAUCUUCAACAGUAGCAGCACACUCUUCACUAUGGAUAUCUGGGCAAGGUUCCGGAAAGGGGCAAGCAACAAGGAGUUGAUGAUCGUUGGCAGGGUCUGGAUUCUAUGUAUUGUCGCAAUCAGCAUUGGUUGGAUCCCUGUGGUUCAGGCAGCACAGAGCGGUCAACUCUUUGACUACAUCCAGUCUGUCACCAGCUACCUAGCACCACCCAUCGGUGCAGUUGUCGUGCUGGGUGUUUUUGUGAAGAGAGUCAAUGAACCAGGUGCUUUCUGGGGUUUGAUCGGGGGCCUGGCCAUGGGGCUCUGCCGGAUGAUUGCUGAAUUUGUCUAUGGCACAGGCAGCUGCAUCUUCCCAUCUUCCUGCCCUUUCAUCUUCUGUGGAAUCCACUACCUGCACUUCGCCAUCAUCCUGUUCAGCUGCACAUGCAUCCUUGUCCUCAUCAUCUCCUUCUGCACACCACCGAUCGAUGAGAAACAUCUGCAUCGCCUGGUGUACAAUCUCCGCUACAGCCAAGAAGAAAGGAUUGACUUGGAUAUUGUGGAUGAGGUCAAACCAACGAUCAAAACACAAGAAGAAGCAGAAAACGGCAUCAUCGAGAAGCACCCAGUAACAACAGUUGCAGAACCAAGGAAGAAAAAGAACGCCUUUAUCCGUUGCUAUGGCUGGUUCUGUGGCAUUAGCUCAGAGCCAGAGCCAGAGCCAACAGAAGAGGAGAAGGCAGAAGCCAUGAGGCAAAUGACAGACAUCACCGAGAAUAAGAUCUGGAGUACUGUAGUUAAUGUAAACGCCAUUAUCAUGAUGUGUGUCGCCAUCUUUCUGUGGAGUUUUUAUGCUUAA